AUGCACUCCAGCAUUAUUAUAGUUCUAGUGUUGGCCGUUUCUGCAUUAGGCUACGUUGUUAAGAAUGAUUCCCGACCAGCCCUAAAAUGGCCUAAAAAAUAUGCUUUUGAAGCAUCAAAAAUGUCGCUCACGGCAGGCUGGAACGAAGACAUCAAAGUAUGGCGAACAAAUAAUAGGUCAAGAGUGGAUUAUAAUAAUGGUGCAGUUAAGUCAUUUGCAAUUUCUUCCAAGAAAGGUACCAAAAAAUUAAAAUUUGGAGUUAAAUAUGAGAUUCACCCUGAAACCACUGAAGAAGAGGAAAAUGUGAUGGUAUGUGGGAAGCUCGUUGGAACAAUUUAUCACCGAAUUUCUUUGGAAACAGUUUUACCGAAAUACUUGGAUGACUUUGAGUUUAUUGGUUUUGACACAUUAAGAGAAGGAAACUUGUCGAAAUAUUAUUAUCAAGAAAUUGAUGAUACUAGCGACAGUAGAAAAACUUUAAUAGCUAAAUACGAUGAAGACAUCAAAGCUUGGAUUCCUAUCAGAUUUGAAGAGAUCGAGUACAACACCUGGCAAGAAAAUUUGAACAAGCAUGUUAUAUGGGAAUUUCAUAAUUUCAAAACUGAUUUUAAUGAGGAUGUAUUCAACACGGAAGAAUAUGAUUGCGAAGAAAAUUCAGUUACUUACACCAUGGAAGAUGAAAACAUUACUAAUGAUUUAAUGUUCAUGGAUUCAGAGAACAAGCAACACGUAGAUCACUGUUUCGAGACUUUUAAGCAAAAAUACAGUAGAGAAUAUGCUGACGACCAAGAGCAUGCAAUGAGGAGAAGUAUUUUUCAGGAAAACAUGAGACUCAUUAUUACACGAAACCGUCAAAACCUUGGUUACAAGCUGACUAUUAAUAAAUUUGCUGACAAAACUCCCGCUGAAAUGGAACGUUAUAGAGGUUUGAUAAGAAGAGGUAAAAAUGACGUCGGCACUGAACCUUUCCCAUAUACUAAAACGCAAGUACAAGAAAUAGCUGACAUUUUACCGAAAAAUUUCGAUCUAAGGAUUGAAGGACUGAUAACACCUGUUCACGAUCAAGAAGACUGUGGCUCUUGCUGGACGUUUGGAACCACAUCUGCUGUUGAGGGCGCACUUGCCAGGAGCAAUGGAGGCAGGCUGUUGAGACUUAGCAACCAAGCCCUUAUCGAUUGCGCGUGGGGUUUUGGAGCUGCAGGGUGUGACGGUGGAAGUGACACUGCAGCUUACAACUGGAUGAUGAAACACGGUAUGCCUACAGAAGAAGAAUAUGGAACGUAUACGAAUAAGGACGGCUUCUGUCGCAUCGACAACAUGACUGACAUUUACCAAAUCCGAGGAUUUACUGAUGUCACUCCAUUCAGCGUUGAGGCUUUAAAGGUCGCCCUCGUUAACCACGGACCCUUAUCAGUGUCUAUACAUGCAACUAAAGCUCUUAAACUGUAUUCCGGCGGGAUCUUCUAUGACGAAAAUUGCGAUCCGACAAUGCUAAACCAUGAAGUCACUUUAGUCGGCUACGGAGAGAAGGACGGUGAAACUUACUGGAUCGUUAAAAACUCUUGGGGCACAAACUGGGGCAUAGACGGCUACUUCCACAUAACAGUUCGAGACAACAACUGUGGCAUUGCAACAGAACCUACUUAUCCAGUAUUUUGA